CAGCACAAAGCUAUAAUCGAUUCAUUAAUAAUCAUAAUAAAUUUAUUUUUGAAAAAGUACUUUCAAUAACUUUCAAAAAUUAUAUUUUUACUAACGCGUCUUGAUUUUAUGGUUGGUCAUAUGACACCGUGCAAUCAUUAAUAUUGAUUUUUUACGGUACUCGUAGGUUUUUAUAAGCUGCGAAAGGUUUAGUAGCAGCGUCACUGUGAGCUGGCAGCAAUGAGGUGGAUAAUCCUAUCUUCUCUUUGCCUGGUUGUUGCACUAGCUGCUCCAGCGAGGCUGGAACGUAGAAAUAACAGACGAAAUGGCGACGGACACGAUAAGGACUGGCGAGAUGAAGAUAGACUAUAUAACGGCAGACGAGAUGGUGAUUGGCGUGAUAACAAUAGACGAGAUAACGAUAGACAAGAUAACGAUAGACGUGAUGACGACAGGCGUGAUGAUGAUGAGUGGGAUGACGAUAGGCGUGAAGAUGAUAGGUCGGAUGACGACAAGAUAGAGGAUGAUAAGCGUGAUGACGACAGACGAGAAGGAGAUAGACGAGAUAAUGACAGAUGGGAUGUAGACAGUCGAAGAAAUGAUGACUGGCGAGACUACGAUAGGGAAGAUAACAAUAGAAGAGAUAACGGCAGACGAAAUGAUGAUAAGCAACACGGAAGAAGAAAUAACAGACGAAAUGAUAACAAUGGUCAACGAUCAUUUUGCGGGUGUCAUGGAUAGGCGUGAUGUAAGACUGAGGAUACUAGACAAGAUGUUAAAGAACAUAUAAAAUAUUGAUAUAAGAUGACAAACUGCUACUCACCAAAGGACAAGAAAUAUGCUUAAUUAUAUUAUUUAAAGCAAUAAUGAAAAAUAUAAUAAAAACUGACUGAAGCCUACGGCUUUACUCGCAUGUAU